GAUUAACACUAGAAGUGGUUUGUGUUAAUCACGAUUUAAAAUGAUGUCUUUGAGAGGGUAAAUUGGAUAACCAAGAUUGAGCUUCUUCUGUUUCAAUGUCAAUGUAUCGAGAACCUUAAACAUUGUCAUUUGUUAUUGUAUUGUCAGUAUUUUAGUGCUUCAUCCAAGUGUGUAGCCGAUGCAUAAUAAUGGAGCAGCCACAGUUAAUAACGAAGCCAUGUCGAUACGAGCAAGCCUCGUCCUUGUCUAAGAUAUUUUUCUGGUGGUGUGUUGCUACAUUGAAAAUAGGAUUGAAUCGUGAACCAACCAAAGAUGAUUUGUACAAAUGUCCAGCUUAUGAUGAAGCAUUCAAGGCUACAGUUCAAUUUGAAAGAAACUGGGAUCGAGAAAUUAAAGACGGAAAGUUGAAUAGCAAAAAGCCAAGCUUGUUGAGAGCGAUCGUCAAAACUUAUGGAAUAGAAACAGUUUUAUUCGGAAUGUUACUUACUAUCGAUGAAAUAUUCAACUUUACAUCAAUCUUUCUUCUUGGAUUCAUAGUUCGUUACUUCUCUGACAAUAACUACAGCAAUGUUACUUGGAAUCAAUGCUUGAUCUGUUCAAUUGCUCUGGUAUUUACUCUAUUCUGCUUUGGACUGAUUCGCCAUCAUGUCUUCAUGUUUACUCAAAGACAAGGAAUAAGAGUUAGAACUGCAUUGACAACUGUAGUUUAUAAAAAGAUACUAACAUUGAGCAAAGCAGCAACAACCAAAACUGAUGUUGGAUACAUUCUUAAUAUAGUGACGAAUGAUUUGUCUAGAUUCGAUGAGCUUAUGUUCAGCAUCAACUACAUCAUUUUGGGUCCAUUGAUGGGAGUAGUUGCACUCAUUUACAUGAUAUAUAUUUUGGGACUCGCGAGUCUCGGUUUAGUCAUUGUCUUGAUUCUUCUCAUUCCUUAUCAGGCAAUCACAGCUAAAUAUUCAGACAAGUUUAGAGCUCAAACAGCGAAGUUGACUGAUAAAAGAAUAAAGUUGAUGGAAGAAAUGAUUUCAGCAAUUAGGAUAAUCAAAAUGUUCACUUGGGAAAAGUCAUUUGCAGACUUCAUUUCAGAGGUACGAAGAAAAGAGAUGAUUAAAAUUCGAAAUGCGGCGAUAUUGAAAUUGAUGAACAUUUCUGUUUAUGCAUCAGCAUCGAGGAUAAUGGUUUUCGCAUGUUUAUUAUUCCAUGUCCUUUUGGGUCGACCUUUGACUCCUGAAUUGGCUUUUAUCACACUCUCUCUGUGUAAUGCUUUGAAAGUUCCCGUUACUUUCCACAGCAGUAAUGCAAUGGGACUUCUAUUUGAGACUUUGGUCUCUGUCCGAAGAACUCAGGAACUAUUACUGCUUGAAACUCGUAAAACAAAAGCUCUAACCAGAAGUGAAAAUGAAAGUUUGGCUAAAGGCUUAAUAUUCGUUGACAGAUUCAGUGCUAAGUGGGAAAAGAACUCAAAGAUAACGCCUUUGAAAGACGUUUCAUUCAAAUUAGAGCCUGGAGAAUUAUUGAUCGUCAUAGGAACUGUUGGCUCGGGAAAAACUUGUUUAGUUAUGUCUCUUCUCGAGGAGAUUGCUGUAGUUUCUGGUUCCUGCAAAGUCGUCGGAAGAAAAGCGUAUUCCCCUCAAGAAUCGUGGACAUUUGCUGGAACAAUAAGACAAAAUAUUCUCUUUGGAAGAGAAUAUUCUCAAUCAAAAUAUUCUAAAGUAAUUGAAAGUUGUUCCCUGAAGAAAGAUAUUGAAUCAUUUCCUUAUGGUGAGAACACAUUGGUUGGUGAAAAAGGUUAUACUCUUAGUGGUGGACAAAAGGCUAGAGUUACUCUUGCAAGAGCGGUCUAUGAAGAUGCUGAUGUCUAUAUAUUUGAUGAUCCUUUAAGUGCUGUUGAUCCUGGAGUUGCUGAACACUUAUUUGACAAGUGCAUUAAUGGUUAUUUGAAAGGAAAGACUCGUGUCUUGAUUACACAUCAACUUCAAUUCAUUCGUCGAGCAGAUAAAAUACUAAUCAUGAAUGAAGGUGAAUCAGUGGCCUUUGGAACUUUUGAACAACUAAAUAAUGUUGGAAUCGAUUUUAUAAAGUUUUUAAAAGAAUCGAAUGAUAGCGAAACAGAAAAUCAAGCACAAGAAGAAAUGCUGUCAAUAGACGAAUUGUAUUCUGAUCAAGCAACUAAACAGAAACCAAAGAUUCUCAACCCAUUGAAAGUUACAAAUGAAGUCGAAGUGGCAAAAAUAAUCGAAGAACAAUUAGAAUCUCGAGAAGAAAAAGUAACUCUUGGUUCACUUGGAAGUCGAGUCUAUUUGGAUUACUUCAGAGCUGGUGGAAACUUAAUAUUCAUAACAAUCUUCAUAAUAAUGACUUUCCUCUCACAAGGAAUAAUUAACUUUACUGAUUGGUGGAUAUCGAAGUGGUCCGAUGAUUCACUUGAGUUAUCACAAUCAUACAAUAAAACAACAGCAAACAGUGAUUUCGCAACUUAUUCAAGACCAUUCAUUACGAGAAAUGCAUAUUUUUAUUUUGCUUUGAUGUUCAGUCUUCUGGUAUCAGUAUUCAUUAGAAUCGGAAUGAAUUUUCGUAUUUGCUUGAAAUCUUCCGAAUCUCUACAUAAUACAAUUUUCGCUCGAUUAUUAAAAUCUCGCUUAGCCUUCUUCGAAACUAAUCCUGUUGGCCGCAUUCUGAAUCGAUUCACUCGUGAUAUUGGAAUAAUUGAUGUCACGAUAGCCAACAAUUUAAUCUCAAUGAACUUGGAUCUUUUACACAUUUUCGGUGCGAUAAUAAUCAAUGCAGUUGUUUUACCAGUUAUCAUUGUCGUGAUUCCGGUAAUUUUAAUAGUGGCGUGGUAUGCCAGACGUGUCUAUUUGCAAGUAGCUCGUUAUAUUGUUAGAAUGGAAGCUCAAACAAGAUCUCCCAUCUAUACACAAUUUGCUACAACUUAUGAAGGCUUGACUACGAUUAGAGCCUUUCAAUAUGAAUCUAAAUUCAUUAAGCAACUUUAUCAAUGUAUAAACGAUAAUAAUUCAUGUAAAUUCAUAUAUUUCGGUGUGAGUCGAUUGAUGGGAAUGAUUCUUGAUAUAUCUAUGCUUCCGUUACUAAUAACAAUUUUAGUAUCAGUUCUUUCAUUUCCAUCGAAAUUCGCUGGUGGCGAAGUUGGACUUAUUAUUUCAACCUUUCUCACUAUUUUUCAAGCUCUACAGCAUGGUGUGAGGAUAACAGCCGAAUUCGAUACAAACAUGAUUUCCGUGGAAAGAGUUUUGGAAUAUGGUAGACUCCCAAUGGAGCCUUCAUGGGAUACGAUAAAAGCUGGUUUAUUACCAAAGACUUGGCCUAAUUUAGGUGACAUUGUAUUUAAAGAUGUUUAUCUAACUUAUCCUGGUGCCAUUAAACCCGUUCUUAAGAACUUGAACUUUACUGUUUCGAGUGGCGAGAAAAUUGGAAUUGUUGGUCGAACUGGAGCUGGUAAAAGUUCAUUAAUAUCAGUAUUAUUCAGAUUAACAGAGUUCGAUGGAAGUGUCAUCAUCGAUGGAAUAGAUAUCAAACAACUUGGACUUCAUGAUUUACGAAACAAGAUAUCGAUAAUUCCUCAAGAUCCAAUUCUCUUCACUGGAACAAUUCGAUCCAAUCUCGAUCCUUUAACCGAAUAUUCAGAUGACUUCAUCUGGUCAACCCUAAAGACCGUAAACUUGGCUCGAACCAUCGAGUGCAUGCCUGGUGGACUGGAUGCUAUUGUUACUCAAGGAGGAUCCAAUUUAAGUUUAGGUCAACGACAAUUGCUCUGUUUAAUUCGAGCUUUACUUCAACGAAAUAAAAUUAUGAUUCUUGAUGAAGCAACAUCCAAUAUGGAUCAUCAAACAGACACUUUAAUUCAAGAAACAAUCAGAGCAGAGUUCAAGGAUUGUACUGUUCUUACAGUUGCUCAUAGACUCAAUACGAUUAUUGAUAUGGAUAAGAUUCUCUUGAUUGAUGCUGGACAAGUGCUUGAAUAUGGAGAACCUUAUCUACUCUUGAAACAAGAAACUGGACAUUUCAAGUCAUUGGUUUCAAAAACUGGAACUUCAUAUUCAAAUAUGCUAUACAAGAUAGCUGAGAAAUCAUAUGCCAUAAAACAUCUAACACAAUAAUCCAUAAAGUAUUCUGUAUAAGCUAGAUUUUAUUUAAAUACAAAGUGUUAAAUUCAAUACAAAAAUAACAAAACACAUUGAAAUAAACUAAGAAUUUCAAAUUUCGCUUAAA